AUGGAUCCCGGGUUUGUAAACCUAUUAUCUUCCCAGUGCAGUCAAACCACUCAAACCAUAGAUAUAGGGUCCUCAGAUGUUCCUAAACCGGUGGAGAGGAGAAAGUGGACAACACAAGAAGACAUUGUCCUCAUUAGUGCCUGGUUGAACACCAGUAAGGAUCCCAUAGUUAGUAACCAGCAGAAGUUAGGGUCUUUUUGGAAAAGAAUAGAGGAUUACUUUAAUUCAAGCGCUCAGGUCAUUGGCUUUGCUCCUAGAGAGUGGAGUCAGUGUAAGCAGAGGUGGGGAAGGGUUAAUGAGCAGGUGUGUAAGUUCGUAGGAAGCUAUGAGGCGGCUUUGAAAGAGCAAGCUAGUGGGCAAAAUGAGAACGAUGUCAUGAAGUCUGCUCAUGACAUCUUCUUUAACGACUACCACGCGAAGUUCGCACUUGAACACGCGUGGAGGGAGCUGAGGUAUGAUCAAAAGUGGAGAUCGACCUCUUGCGCAAAAGAUGGUGCAAAGGAGAAACGAAAGGAGGCUGCCGAGUCAGUCCCUGACUCGGAUGAGGCUAGGCCUCCUGGUGUGAAGGCUUGCAAAUCAGCCAAACGCAAGAAAAGGGGAAUGAAGCAGCAUUUGAUCGACUAG